AUGAGGCCGCUUACAAGAUUUGGCCUAGCGCUUGCUCUACUCGCCAAUCUGGUGUCAUGCGACUCCAAGUCCAUCCGUCCCCCAGAGUGGGACCCGAAACAAGAUGCCGAUAAAGAAAUGAUAAACAACAUACCUUACGACGCUGGAGAAAAGAUUCCGAUCCUAUAUAAGACAGAUGUAGGAAAUAUUGAACUCUGGCUUUGGAAAGUGUUAGAUGACUCAGAGGCUGGUGCUCACUUAACAGGAACUGGAACUGCUUGGCAAGCUCAGUACAAUGUUGCUAAUAAAUUAAACGAUGAGGAGGACUUGGUUUACUAUUUCGCGAUAUAUGAAACCGGCGAAAUCAUUCAACUUGCUAAAUCUCAGUACGUCAAUGUCAGCGCUCCGAGGCCGGACAAGAGCCAAACCGUCACUGGCCUUGAGCUUCUCAACAGAGCCAUCCACAAUGCAAACGUCGACAACUUUCACCACGCAAACCGCUGCUUAGCCGACCGAUUCAUCUUCAAGCGACGAGACGGAUUCAACCUCAGAGCCCAAAUCAGACUCUGGACUCUCCUCGGCAGCGACUGGGGGUGUAGCAGCUGGAGCGACGAUUGGUGGCUUUUGAUUAUGGGAGGUAUAGGAUACUUGGUUUGGAGAAGAUACGCGAAGAAGAAACGCGUCACAGAGUUAUCUGAACUUCCUGGAGGCGUUCCUCAGCACCACGAACAGCAUCAGCCUCACCCUUCUGAAUCGAAGGCUGGGUUGCCGGGAGACCCUGGGACCUAUCCUUCGGACUAUGCGAGAAGCCCAUCGGGGCUUCAUGAAGCACCAUGA